GCAAACGAAGAAGAGGGGGGAAAGAGAGCAGAGUGUUGAGUGAGAGAAAUGAGGGAGAGAGGGAAAGGUACGGAGCCAUCGGUGGACGAGAGGUACACGCAGUGGAAGUCGCUGGUGCCGGUUCUCUACGACUGGCUCGCCAACCACAACCUCGUUUGGCCUUCUCUCUCUUGCCGAUGGGGUCCACAGCUGGAGCAAGCCACUUACAAGAAUCGUCAACGUCUUUACCUUUCGGAACAGACUGAUGGCAGCGUUCCGAAUACCCUCGUCAUAGCAAACUGUGAGGUUGUUAAACCUAGAGUUGCAGCUGCAGAGCACAUAUCACAGUUCAAUGAGGAAGCACGUUCUCCCUUUGUGAAGAAGUACAAAACUAUUAUACAUCCUGGCGAGGUGAACAGAAUCAGGGAACUCCCACAGAAUAGUCAUAUAGUGGCCACACACACAGAUAGUCCUGAUGUCCUAAUUUGGGAUGUUGAGGCUCAGCCAAAUCGUCAUGCUGUUCUGGGAGCUACAAAUUCUCGUCCAGAUCUGAUACUGACUGGGCAUCAGGACAAUGCUGAAUUUGCUCUUGCUAUGUGCCCUACUGAACCCUUUGUGCUUUCUGGAGGCAAGGACAAGUCUGUAGUUUUGUGGAGUAUACACGAUCAUAUCUCAACUUUAGCAGCAGACACAGGGGCUACAAAGUCUCCGGGUUCUGGAGGCACCAAUAUUAAGCAUGCUUCCAAGGUUGGUGGGAGUAAUGACAAACCUGUAGAUAGUCCUUCUAUUGGUCCACGAGGUAUCUACCAAGGCCAUGAGGAUACUGUAGAAGAUGUGCAGUUCUGCCCAACAAGUGCACAGGAGUUCUGUAGUGUUGGUGAUGAUUCUUGCCUCAUACUAUGGGAUGCAAGAGUGGGAUCUACUCCAGUUGCCAAGGUUGAGAAAGCUCAUGAUGCUGAUCUUCAUUGUGUUGAUUGGAACCCUCAUGAUGUAAAUUUCAUUCUGACAGGAUCUGCUGAUGCUACUGUUCGCAUGUUUGAUCGCCGUAACCUCACUUCUGGGGAAGUUGGAUCACCUGUUCAUAAGUUUGAGGGUCACAGUGCUGCUGUCCUUUGCGUACAGUGGUCUCCAGACAAGUCAUCUGUCUUUGGAAGUUCUGCUGAGGAUGGCGUUUUGAACAUCUGGGAUCAUGAGAAGGUUGGCCAAAAGCAAGAGUCUGUAGGAUCCAGAAUGCCAAAUGUUCCUCCAGGCUUAUUCUUUCGACAUGCUGGGCAUAGGGACAAGGUUGUUGACUUCCACUGGAAUGCAUCUGAUCCCUGGACUAUUGUCAGUGUGUCUGAUGAUUGUGAAAGUACUGGAGGAGGUGGUACACUGCAGAUAUGGCGGAUGAUUGAUUUGAUUUACAGGCCUGAAGAUGAAGUGUUAGCUGAGCUUGAUAAAUUCAAAUCGCACAUAUUAACAUGUUCCUCUUAAAAAAGUGGUGGAACUUUCGUUUUCUAAUUUGCUAAUGUCAAUGGGAGACUCCUAUCUUAAGGAUGGAAACAUUUCCUCUGUAGUACAAUGUUUUGUUGGUUCAGAAUUUGGCUAUUAAGAAUUUAAGUACUCUCUCUCUCUCUCUCUCUCAUUAGGGGAAAAAACUUAUAGCGCGGGUAAGAUUACUUCGAUGCUCAUUUCAAGUGAAUAGAUUAGAUUUCACAGAUGUAUUUGGUGCAUAUGAUGUUACGUGGUAAAUAUGUUGCUAUAUCAUUUAAACUUUUCAAAUGAUUUGGUAUCAUAUUUACCAAUAGAUGCAACAAAAUAAAAUAUUGAUUAUGAAAUGUAAAGGAUUCUUAUAUCUUC